AUGGCACCGUGGGGACAGGCGCUCGUGCCGAGGGACGACGCGCCGCCGACGCGUGAUCCAUGGGCAUGGGCGCUGGCUCUCGCACGAACGAAUGAGGAAGAGCUGGCUGUGAAGGAGGCGCUCCAACUCGCUGCCAAGGAGGCGCGCGCGCGCUACAAAAAAGACGCAGCGGUGCGCCUGGCGCGCAUGAUGGCCGAGCGGCACUUGAGCGCUGAGCGAGAUGCUCGCGCGCUCUCGUUCUUGGUGCCUCUAUGCGUGCCAAAGAUAGAGACGGUGCCGCUUCUUGCGCCGGUGGUCGUGGACGCUUUGAUGGUCGAUGGGCCGCACCUGCGUGCCUGCUGGAAGAGUGUGUGUCACAUGGCCGAGCACACGCCCAAAGAGCUCAUGAUCAUGUGGCCGCGCCUCGUGCCAAAUGACGAGCACGAGGGCGUGUUUCGGUCGCCGCUCCGCACAGCCGAUGCAUGCCGGCUGCUGUCGCUCGUGUUCGAGCACGCCGCUGGGUCAUGGGCUAUGGCACGCGAUAAAUCCCAUGCACGUCCGGCUACGUUUACCUCGCAUUCCGAGCGGAUCGGUGCCUAUGUCGUGCAUACGCGUGCAGCUCUGGCAGCGCGCCUCGGUGCUUCCUGCGAUGCUGCUGCCGUCCUGGCAUGCAUCAGGACCUUGGUGAUUUAUGCGCCCGAUACAGCGCUGCACACCUCGCAUGAAAGUGUGCUACGGGCGCAUAUCGAGCCGUGGUUGGCAAGCGAGCUGGAAGCAUGCAUGUAUGCGUACGCCAUCCUGGCUUUAUGGCCUCAGCCGCCGAUCGAUGCGGUGCCGAGGCUCCUGCCUCACGCACCAAAGGCGCCCUAUGCCUGGGACGUCAUCGCCACGUACAUCGACAUGGGCCACGAGGUCCCGUGGGGACAGCUGCUUCCCCUCUUGCUCCAGACGUCUUGCUGGACCCCUUGCCACGCCCGCGUGCUCGUAUCGAUCCUGAAGCGAGCCCAGGGUGCAUAUGCCGCGGAGUUCAGUAUACUUAUGACGCAGCUGCAGCAGGUCGCGCAGGACGUGGCUUGCCAUGUAUGGCCAGACUAUGUGGUCACCACGCGCACUGACGCAAGUGUGAGACUUCUGGAGCCUUUGCUGCAGCACAGCGAAGCCGACAUACGUGCGCGCGCCAUUCGUGCCUUGGGCGUGCUCUAUACCCGGGAAGAGGCACCACGGUCCCUGCUGACGUGCCUACACGCAUACAUCCGCCUCGUGUACGAUGCGGCGAUCCUCGUGCGCAUACGUGCCGCCUGGGCGUGGGCGAACGCAUGUGCGCACACGCACGAUAUCGCGCUCUACGACGCCAUGCGGCACGGCCUAGACGACGAUGAUCGCGUCGCUGUGCACGCCGUGCGCGGUCUCGGAUGCUUGCUGCCCCAUAUGCCCUGGCCUAUGUACCAAGAAGGCGUGCAAUGCGCGUGUCGUGUUCUAGAGCACAGUCGCACGCCCAAAGUGCGGUGGAAUGCCGCUACCUGCGUGUCACGCGCGAUGGAGCAUAACGCGUCGGAGCCGACGCUUUCCCUCUGUGUGUGGCACUUGGCACGCGCUCUAGGGCACGAUACGACGUUCAAAGUACGGCGUGUGGCAGCGCAGGCCCUGCAGGCCGUGCCUGACGAGGUCUUGACACACGUAUCGCCCUCCGCCCAAUCAGCGCUGCGCGACGCCGUCACGCAAGCCGAUACCCACCUGACAGCGCAGAUGCACGCAGCCUCGUUCGCCGAGGCGCAACUGCAUGGUCAUGCAUGUGUGGCCUACGUGCAGGCACUACGAAAACGCAUAGCCAGUCUUUAG